AUGAACAAUAGAAAUAAUCAAGAAAGAGAUGAUAGUUAUCAAAACGUAGGUCGUGGUUCACGAGGCUUCCAAAAUCGUCCCAGUGGUUCGAUACAGAUGCACUCAAAUCUCAAUCCAAAUUAUCAGAAUCCGGUGGAUUUAGUCCAUAAUUACAAUCGUAAUCGACAAUUACAAGAACCAGAAGAAAAUAUUUAUGAAAGACUGGAUAACGACGAUGAUGAUAAUACUGAGAAUAAUAGCGAGGUUGUUCAUAAUGAAUCCACGAUUCAAAAUAAUCAAAACAAUGUGGACGAUCAUACAUACGAAAGGAUAGAUGAUCGAUAUUCUUAUAGCAGUAGAAAUCAAUAUGAUCAACCAAGACAAUUUUAUCUAGAUUCAUCACGAUUGUCUAACCAAUUUUGCCAGAAUAGAUUAGGUAGACUAGGUCGUAACUGUUUCUCGACUGAAAACAUUGCUUAUGCAUCAACUGGACGAGCCAUUUAUCCGCUUGGUUACAAUUGUAUGUGUUCGUUUUGUAGACAUAUAGAUACGAGAUAUUUAUGUCAUCAUUGCCAUAACUUGCAUAACAGAUUACGUUAUCAAGAUGGAUUUGCAAGUAAUUCUAGACAUUAUAUAUAUCAAUUACCAAGAAAUUGCAGGUGCCCUUUUUGCCGUGGUGAAUAUUCUUACAUAAAACUGCCCGUUACGUCUUGUCGACCUACCGAAUCUUUAAGAAUGGAAUGCCAUUGUAAAAAUCCUAAUAAUUGUACUUGCAGAUCAAAAGUUUUAUCUAAUUCUAAUUCUGCCGCUCAAUUUAGCAAAUAUCUUGAUUGGAUAAGUAGAGGCAGCCCAUCAGUUAAUAAUCCACUUUAUGCAACAGUUCAUAUUGGUAGACCUUGUGUUUCAGCUCUUGGAAGUAAUACAAGUAAUACAGGAAAUUCAUCCAGCAGCGCAGAUCCUGGCGCUUCGACAUCGAAUAUGUCAGUACCUGCAUCCACAAUCAAUGAACCUAGCACAUCAUCAAAUAUUAGAUCAAUCUUCUCAUCGCACAAUUCUUCAACUUCACACCCUUCCGUUUGUUCUGCCAACCGUUCAACAGAACGUCAACACACGUGCGAUGAUUCUUGUAUCAGAAAUCAGAGUGGAAGCGUUACUGGUAUUUGUCAAUUUCUUGGUAGAUGUGAAAGAGCAGAAUGUAAUCAUAGUAGAUUAUCCGUGCAUUGGUGGUUCGUAAAUAGAUGGUUGCCAGCUUGGAAUCCUCAUUAUUUUGAUAGAAACAUGGACACUGUUCCUCCAAUGGAGGAAGAAUCUCGAGAACAGCAAGAAAGUGAUAGUGAUGAUACUUAA